AUGGCGGAAGAAGUAGAGAGCGAUGUUAUUACAGAAAAUACUAGUGAAAUGGAAGAAAAGAUCGAAUAUCCCCUGGAUGUAAAGUACUGUGGAGGUAAUUUAUAUUAUUUUCAGUGUUUUGCAGUCGAGAGAGCUAAGUUUUUAUCGAAGGGAUGUUUGAAAGAGUUUUUCUGUUCUUCAAUUUCAUCUUCGCCCCCCUGAAAUCAAACUUGUCGUUCGAUUGCCAUGUGACAACCCGCUACAGUGUGCAGUUUACCUUUGGAGGUAAGUUCUCUUUCUCGAGUUCUAAAUGGCUUUGUUUUUCAUUUCAUUUUUGUUCUCCUUGACAGGUUUUAAUUUACGUACAGUUAUAGGCUUUGCAUAGGGAAGAGGGGUGGGGGGUAGGGUAAUUUUUGUUCAUAACUAACCCAGGGAGGGGUACCGCAGGGAAGUGCCGGAAUUCCUGUUUUUUUUUUUUACUCAUUACUUGUGAUAUUUGCCUAAAAACGUGGGUACAUGUCAGUACUUUUGAAAAUGUAGCAAUAACUAGGAAAUACAUUGAAAAUGUUGUGAUAGCUUCAAAAAUGAAAGAUCUUUGCGUGUUUUCCCCUACACUGUUCUCAUUAUUUCCUUUUUUCACCUCCAACUCCUCCCCUGCAAAAGAAAAGUUUAUCAAAAGAGACACCUCAAACUUACUGAUACAAGGAAAUCUUUACAUUGAAAUCUACUGUCUUUCAAGGAGUUUAACCCUUUAACUACUAAGAUGUGAUUGGUUAUUCUCCCCAUCAGUUGCUACUAAUUUCCACAUAAAUUAGUGACAAGAAUUUAGUGUUGGAUCAAGAUAACUUCCGCCUGAUAAGUUUGAGUAUUCUUAUUUUAUGUUUGCUAGAUAAUGUAUGGAUAUUACAGGGAGAUGUUAUAUUUUAAUCACUUCUGGAAGUUGUUAGAGGGUUGAAGCAAAUGUAUUCUUUAUAAUCAAACAUGCAGCUGUUUAUAUUUUACUUCUCCUCUGGUUAUGGCGGAUUCUGCAUGAAGAUUACUCUUGAAAGAUUAUUUUUUCUACAAUAAUGUCAAGAUAGCCUAGGGACAUGUUUGUUUUACUCCUUAGUACUGUGAAUACACUGCAGAGUAUGAGAAAUGCAAGGAGUGGUUAAAAGCAAAUAUUCCUGAUGCUUAUGAGGCACUUAUUGGUCAGGGUAAGUAUUUGAGUGAUUCAUUUGAGUGAAAUGUGCCAAUUGAGUGAAAUGUGAUCAAUUGAAUAUAAUUCAGAUUGAUAAAAUGAGAGAUAACAUGGAAGGGUGCAGGUUACCAGACCUUAAGGCAGGUUACCUCACCUUACUGGGGUUGCCCUGCCUCCAUGUAAACAGGCUCUCCAAUUAGAAAUCAGGGCUAGAGAUAGAAUUUUGUAAACAACACCAAUUCUCAUUGUGCCCCUUAGGUAUGAACUCAUAAGUUGGUCAGUAACGAUGGAAUGUUUUAGGAAUGAAAAGUGUACUGUCUUAUGAUGUUUUGGCAAACUAGACUCCUAGCUUUCCUGAUGUUUUAGGUUGUUUGUUUGAAAGGUUUAGCCAAGAUCUCUGUUCUUGUCAAUGAUAGACACCAAACAAAAUUGUUCAUCUAAGAUAAUCAUGCUGAAUUGUCAGUGAUGUUUUAGUUGCAGACCAAUUGGGUGAUAUGGAAGUAAGUGAAGGAGCAGCCAAAAAAAAGCAGACUAGAGGUGUGUAAAUAUCACCAGGGCUGUGUUCUUACAGCACCUGGUGGCUCCUGGUGCCUUACUUUUGCUCUUUGAUAACUAGGGCAUCUUAGUUAUUUCAUUAAAAGCAUGUGCCUGGCACAUUGGAUUUCAUAAUUUCAGAGCACUGGGCUCCCUCCACUUUUUCUUAAAGCACAGCCUUGAUCAUGUAUAAGAUAUCUAUCAUCUGACCUGUAUGGUUCCAUCUGCACUUUCAUUGAAAGCCUUUCUUCAAGUACUUUAGAUUAGAUGUAAGAAAUCUUUAAAGCACUUCACAGCUUAGGAUUCUAAGCUCUUUUUUCUCUUUUACUUUUAUUUAGGUGGCAAAGGGGUUGUCAGAGCACCCAAGAAAAAGGUAGAUGCUUGAAUAAUGAGGCUUGAAUGCUUCCUGUGAAUUUCCUGCAAAGUGUUUAUCGCAUUUUGAUUUGUGCUUAGUGAUGAAUUCUGGGUUGGUGUAGGUCCUGGAAAACCUGGAAAGUCCUGAAAUUUUAUUUUGACAUUUUCCAAGACUGGAAAGACCUGGAGAAGACUACAGGUCCUGGAAAGUCCUAGAAAUCUGCUUAAAUCAAGCAGUAAAGUUUUCAAGAGUUAAGGUCACUCAGCAAAAUUAAAAACACUUAAAAGUUAGAAGGGAUGGGAGCUAAAAGUAAUGCAGCCAGUCAUGGCGCAAUACAAUACACAAUGUGCAAUACAAUACACAAUGCACAAUACAAUACACAGUGCAGUAUGUAUAAUUAUGGAAAUCCACAGCCUGGAUAUUGUGGCAUUGUCAUUGUUGAGUCACACAUCAUUCUGGUACUUGAAAUUGAUAUUAUGAGAUUACUGAACCACAGUAUAUAGCAUUUACAAAAUGCUUUGCUUUUGAAUUUAUUAAUUUAAGCUUAUCACGUCCAUCACAAAAUACCUCAAUUUAUAAUUUUUAAGUAUUUAUUGGAUAAGGGAUUAUGUAAGUAGAUAUGUGUAGUUCUGUCUAAACCUUUUACCUUUGAACCCCUAAGAGUUACCAGUAUCUAAUUUCUCCUUACAAUAUCACCUCUGAAUCACACAUAAAGGUCAUGAGAAUAAAGAAAAUCAUCACCAACUGAAGAAGCUCUUGAUUGUAAAAGAAAUUCUCCUUGUCAGCACCUUAAUGAAAUGUAUGUAGAAUAGUAGGGAGAAUAUUCAAACUGAUGUUAGGAUGCAAAGGGUGGAUAUUAGACCAUUGAGUUACUAUGGCUUGCUGCUGCUGCAAGAAAAAUUUUUUUGCUCACCUAUGGUAGAUUGAACUUUGAGUGGUACAGCAAUUGCGCAGGCACUUAGAAAGGGUAUUUCUGUAGACCUCACACUUGUAAAUUGUAAUUGAACUCUAUACUUGUGACUUACUACAUAUGCAAUUGUAUUUUUCUUUAAGAAUGUAACAAAAAAGGUAACGCUUUCAAGAGCUCAGAGAAAUAAGAAGAAAUAUGUGACUGUUGUUACUGGACUGGGUACAUUUGGUAGGUGUAGAUUAUUUUGAUUUUGUUAAUUCUGAUUGCUUGUAUCGCUUUGUUGUGAUGUAAGACACUAUCUAGUCUGUGUUAGGUGCUCUUUGAAUUAUAUUAAAGGCACUGAAAAAGAGUGGGUAAGGAACUUUGGUUGAGGUUGGGGAAAGAGUUACUUAUUUUUAAAUUCAACAUAUGGUUAUGCAGUCUUGUAACACAGGAAAGGAGCCUUUUUGCCAGUGUUGCCAUUUCACCUUGACUUGAUACUCUAAAGUCUGAGUCAUGUGGUCAAGAGCACUCUUCAUAAUUCCACUCUCUAGCUAUUACCCAACUCUGUGCUGGCAGAAAAGAAAAAAAUAAUUUUUUAUUUAGACUUGAACAAUUAAUUUGUUAAAGGCCCCUAGACUAAAGCUUGUCCUGUAAAAAUUUAACAUUUUAACUCUUUCACUCCCAGAUCUCAUUAGUACUUCUCCUUUCUGUCUGCCAUACAAUACUUAUGAUGUUUACUAGUCUAGGGAAUGUGUUAUUGCAUCAACUAAAUUCUCUAAUUGAGAUGUUUAUACACCAAAAAUUUUGCAACAUUGAAAAUAUAUAUUAAAUAUAUAUAUCUUUUGCUUUCUGGUCAAAAAGUCUCUCUUUUUAAUGAGAAAUAAAAAGGUGUAUAUAUUUGAUAAUUUAUACAUCUUAAAUUUGCAACGUUUUUGAAAACGGGUGUGAAUAUAUAUUGUUUUUUUGCACGAUGAUAUAUUGAUAUUGUAAGGAGAAAUUCUGUCCUGGUCACUCAUGUUAAAAAGGGUCACUCUUGUUAAAGGGUUAAUUUCUCCAUUUUGGAUCAUGUGAUAUUUCAUGGUUGGUUUUGUUAUCAGUACUACUCCUUAAGAAAACUUGCAUGUCAAAUAGUUAUAUCCAGUUUGAUAAAAACAACAGCCAACCUUCCAUGUCAUUUGUUCCAAUAUGGCACCCAGUCAGACAUCACUGUUCUCACAUGGUUGCUACUUCUUUCCAGAUAUUGACCUAAAAAAAGCUGCAAAGAGCUUCGCCCAAAAGUACUCGUGUGGAUCGUCAGUGACGGGUGAUGAUGAAAUUGUUAUCCAGGGAGACGUCCUAGAUGAUCUACUAGAUUUCAUUCCAGAGAAAUGGCCAGAGGUAAAGUCUUUCCUUCCUGUGAUGUUUAAAAAAAAAUCUAGAAUUGGAGAAAGAGGAGGGAACAUUCCUUCACCUGUGUCUUAACAGGUUAUAAAAUUGAAAUUUUGAACCGCUCGAAAGAGUUUUAAUGCGUGUGUUGCCGCGAACAGUGAUUAACCAAGUAAAAUCAAAACUUUUAAUCCAAAAUCCUUCACGAAGGCGUCGAGAAAACUCGCGCUGUUUGUUUACAGUGUUAAACGCAACUUUAGGUUCCAAAUCGAGAGAAACUGAACGAUGUAAAGAGGUUUUAAAGGGGGUAAGUUUCUAAACUGUGGUGCAGCGUCGGUGGGAGAGUAUAGCAGUUAAUUUAGUGUUAACAACUGAGUUGAAAACGUAAAUUGGCCACCGUAAAGAGUAAAAAAGCUGACGUUUCGAGCGUUAGCCCUUUGUCAAUCGCUCUGACUGAGGGCUAACGCUCGAAAUGUCAGCUUUUUUACUCGUUACAGUGGCCAAUUUACGUUUUAAACUCAGUUGUUAACACUAAAUUACGUGCUAAAGAGGUUUUAACUCUGUUGCCUUAUGGCACCGUUCGAAGAUGCCGCCACUACGCAUGCACGAAAGCUUAGAUGUCCCAUACAGGAACCAAGGCGACGGCCGCAACAGCGUGACUGGAAGCCAAUUUAUGCGCCGAACUAAUGUGGCCACCAUGUUGCGAUCUGGGAACCAGACGUAAAAGAACCUAAGGGACAAAACUUCUAAGUUCCAUACUCCCUCACCGACAGUUUUUUUUUUUUUUUCAUUUUGAAGGGAGUCUUUCUUUUCAUUUUUUUUGUACAAUUUCUUCAGGCCAAUCCAAAUAAGUAAGUUCGAUAUUUUGUUAUUAUUGCAGAUUGAUGACGAUAGCAUAGAUGAUCUCGGAGAUCAGAAGAGAUGAUAGUUUUGAAUUUAUUCAAUUUCUUGUAACUAAAUUAAAAGCUAAACCAUAAUUUCAUUCCCUCCUGUUAGGCGCUUGCCAAGGAGCCCUUGUUAGUGAAUUCGAUUCUUCUCCAGUUCUAAAAUAUCGGUGAAGAGAAAUAUCUACACCUGCGAAAUUUGUGAAGGUAGAUUCACGACUUAUAACCGGUCGUCCUAUUACUCUUCAUCCAAGUUUUCCCUUUCCUUUCGUUUUCCUGUUUUUCAAUCACUAUUCCGAAGAAUUGUUUUGCAAUGCUGCUAAUAUACCUCAAAGGACUCAUGCAUCUCUUUUUGUCAAUCCUUUGCCUUAUGGGCCCUUUUCCCGUAGAUAAAGGUAUGAAUAAAAUUGACGCUGUUCUUUGUAAAGGAAUAGCAAAUGGUUCAGUGACCGU